AUGCCGAAUGUUUCGUUGAACUGCCUCAUCCCGAAUCUUCUUCUAUUCAUCUACGGUGUCCUCAUCCAAUCUCCUCCCAAGGCCAAGUACCUGUACUUUCGAAUGACAAUUAACGGACGCCAAAUAGUGUCCUGGGGUAUUAAAUCUCAAGUCAUUCAAAAUCAGCUCGUCAGUCACGCCCUUUACGAGCCAGACAGUAAAUGGCAGUAUCGGGACGGUGGGGUUGUCUACAAGCGUGACGGCGUCGAGAAACGGUUCUUCCACUUCACGCCACGCUUCGAGGCCUCCGCCGCUCUAGACGGCGGCCUAAUUGAACUACGAGUCUUCCGGUCCAAAGGCAGGAGAAGAAGAGCCCCUGAACUCAAAAGCUUCCGCAAACAAGAUAUGUAUGGCAUCACAUCUCCCACUGGUGGCCUCGUUGAGUCACCCCAUGAGCUUACGUUUUACGACUGGGUCCUCGUAGACUCCGUCGACUCGCCGUUCGCCACAUUCCGCUUCUUUUACCGCACUUGGACAAACCUCAAGACCUUGAAUCUCGUAUCGGAAUCUUAUUGUGAGGCACUCGUGGCAAUUUCAAACAGGGGGGGUGAACAUCUGCCAGCUCGACCCAACGGCGCCAAGGACCUUCAAGCCAAUAAUAGGCUGUUCAGCUUUGACUCGCUUGACGGGUCGGGUUUUCAGGAGUGCAAUAUGACCCGCGGCGAGAACAUGGGAAACCAGCGUGUUCAGUUGGCCCAGAGAUCAUUCUUCUUCGCAACUCCGCCCAGGCUUACUCCACCUCCUUCUGCCCGUGCCAGUAUACCACAGCGUAGCAAACUGAUGCACAACACUUGGCAAGCUUCGGAACCUCUACGACCUGUACCUCUGCUGCCGAGCACCGAAACUUCACUGCGGAAAACUUCCCUGGAAUCGAUGCGAACUCCCUCUGUCACCUCUUCAUUAUUACCAUACGUAGAUGAGCCGAGCGGAAGUGAUGCAUUUGAAAUUGGAGUUGCUAGGAAAAUCAUCCUGCCGUCACCUUCUCGGGAGCUUGGCAAGACCUCUUCGCGCCCCUUGCCCUCGCCAUCUCAAGCACACUCGCCAUCGUCUGACUACGACAUGUCACCCCCCUCCACUGGCGGUAUGGAUAUACUCAAACGCGUCGGAAGAUACGAUUAUAUCGCGACAGCAGAGAUGGCGGCAUUCAACUAUGAAAACAGGAACGUAUCAGAAGGAGAAUGGCUUAGGCGUAGUCCGUCACCGCUACGUCGGAAGCAGGGUAGUUUGAAUCUCAACGAGAGAGGUGGCCAAAUGACGGGCAAGCAACUACGAAGAUAUGCAUUGGAGAGCCCUAAUACCCUGGAUUUAAUAUGA